CUCCCCCGCGCCCCUGCUCUUCUCUCCAGCAUCCUCACUCCGCCCAGUUCCGUGCCAGCUGCGUGGGCUCGGGCUUGGUGCUUUUUCCUUGGAAUGCUCCAAAACUCGCCGGAGACUACGGAAAUCCCAUCGGAAUUUAGCGGCGGUGCGGGGACCCGGCGGAACACCGGUACUGCGCGCCCUCGGUGAUCACUUCCACCGCCAGAUCGCAACUUUGCAGAGAUGAUGGGAUAGCUCGGCCUGCAGCAUGGCUCAGUUCUAUUACAAAAGAAAUGUCAACGCCCCCUACCGAGACCGCAUCCCACUGAGGAUUGUCAGAGCAGAAUCGGAACUCUCACCUUCAGAAAAAGCCUACUUGAAUGCUGUGGAAAAGGGGGACUACGCCAGUGUCAAGAAAUCCCUUGAGGAAGCUGAGAUCUAUUUUAAAAUCAAUAUUAACUGCAUUGAUCCCCUUGGAAGAACUGCUCUACUCAUUGCAAUUGAAAACGAAAACUUGGAGCUCAUUGAACUCCUGUUAAGCUUCAAUGUCUAUGUUGGAGAUGCACUGCUUCAUGCUAUCAGAAAAGAGGUGGUUGGGGCUGUGGAGCUGUUGUUAAACCACAAAAAGCCAAGUGGAGAAAAACAGGUGCCUCCCAUCCUCCUUGAUAAGCAGUUCUCUGAAUUUACUCCGGACAUUACACCAAUCAUUUUGGCAGCCCAUACAAAUAAUUAUGAGAUAAUAAAACUUUUGGUCCAGAAAGGUGUCUCGGUGCCCAGACCUCAUGAGGUUCGCUGUAACUGUGUUGAGUGUGUCUCCAGUUCAGAUGUGGACAGCCUCAGGCACUCGAGGUCCAGGCUCAACAUCUACAAGGCCUUGGCUAGCCCCUCCCUCAUCGCACUGUCCAGUGAAGAUCCUUUCCUGACUGCCUUUCAACUAAGUUGGGAGCUGCAGGAACUGAGCAAAGUGGAAAAUGAAUUCAAGUCGGAGUAUGAGGAGCUGUCUCGACAGUGCAAACAGUUUGCUAAGGACCUUCUAGAUCAGACACGGAGUUCCAGAGAGCUGGAAAUCAUUCUUAAUUACCGAGAUGACAACAGCCUGAUUGAAGAACAAAGUGGAAAUGAUCUUGCAAGACUAAAGUUAGCCAUUAAGUACCGUCAAAAAGAGUUUGUUGCCCAACCCAACUGUCAACAACUGCUUGCAUCUCGCUGGUACGAUGAGUUCCCAGGCUGGAGGAGAAGACACUGGGCAGUGAAGAUGGUGACGUGUUUCAUAAUAGGACUUCUUUUCCCGGUCUUCUCUGUGUGCUAUCUGAUAGCUCCUAAAAGCCCACUUGGACUGUUCAUCAGAAAGCCAUUUAUCAAGUUUAUCUGCCACACAGCCUCCUAUUUGACAUUUUUGUUCCUGCUGCUGCUUGCCUCUCAGCACAUCGACAGGUCAGACUUGAACAGGCAAGGUCCACCACCAACCAUCGUCGAGUGGAUGAUAUUACCGUGGGUCCUGGGUUUCAUAUGGGGAGAAAUUAAACAGAUGUGGGAUGGCGGACUUCAGGAUUACAUCCAUGACUGGUGGAAUCUAAUGGAUUUUGUGAUGAACUCUUUAUAUUUGGCAACAAUCUCUUUGAAGAUUGUUGCUUUUGUAAAGUACAGUGCUCUCAAUCCACGGGAGUCCUGGGACAUGUGGCACCCCACCCUGGUGGCCGAGGCUUUAUUUGCCAUCGCAAACAUUUUCAGUUCCCUGCGCCUGAUCUCACUGUUUACUGCAAACUCUCACCUGGGACCUCUGCAGAUAUCACUGGGAAGAAUGCUCCUGGACAUUUUGAAGUUUCUGUUCAUAUACUGCCUGGUGUUGCUUGCAUUUGCCAAUGGCUUAAACCAGUUGUACUUCUAUUAUGAAGAAACGAAGGGACUGAGCUGCAAAGGCAUACGGUGCGAGAAACAGAAUAAUGCAUUUUCCACGUUAUUUGAGACACUCCAGUCCCUGUUUUGGUCAAUAUUUGGACUCAUCAAUUUAUACGUGACUAAUGUCAAAGCUCAGCAUGAGUUCACCGAGUUCGUUGGGGCCACCAUGUUUGGGACAUACAAUGUCAUCUCUCUGGUCGUUCUGCUCAACAUGUUAAUAGCGAUGAUGAAUAAUUCUUACCAACUAAUUGCAGACCAUGCAGAUAUAGAAUGGAAAUUUGCUAGAACAAAGCUUUGGAUGAGCUACUUUGAAGAAGGAGGUACUCUGCCGACUCCUUUCAAUGUCAUCCCAAGUCCCAAAUCCCUCUGGUACCUGGUCAAGUGGAUAUGGACACACCUGUGCAAGAAAAAGAUGAGAAGAAAACCAGAAAGUUUUGGAACAAUAGGGAGGCGUGCUGCUGACAAUUUGAGAAGACAUCACCAGUAUCAAGAAGUUAUGAGGAACCUGGUGAAGCGGUAUGUGGCAGCCAUGAUCAGAGAUGCCAAAACCGAAGAGGGCCUGACUGAAGAGAACUUUAAGGAACUAAAGCAAGACAUUUCUAGUUUCCGCUUUGAAGUUCUGGGAUUGCUAAGAGGAAGCAAGCUCUCCACAAUACAAUCAGCCAACGCUGCGAAUUCAGCAGACUCUGAUGAAAAGAGUGAUAGCGAAGGUAAUAGCAAGGACAAGAAAAAGAAUUUCAGCCUUUUUGAUUUAACCACUCUGAUUCACCCGAGGUCAGCAGCAAUUGCCUCCGAGAGACAUAACUUAAGCAAUGGCUCUGCCCUGAUGGUGCAGGAGCCGCACAGGGAGAAGCAGAGAAAAGUGAAUUUUGUGGCUGAUAUCAAAAACUUCGGGUUAUUUCAUAGACGAUCAAAACAAAACGCUGCUGAGCAAAAUGCAAACCAAAUCUUCUCUGUUUCAGAAGAAAUUGCUCGUCAACAGGCGGCAGGACCACUUCAGAGAAAUAUUCAACUGGAAUCCCGAGGAUUAGCUACACGGGGUGACCUGAGCAUUCCUGGUCUCAGUGAACAGUGUGUGUUAGUAGACCAUAGAGAAAGGAAUACGGACACUUUGGGUUUACAGGUAGGCAAGAGAGUGUGCUCCUUCCAGUCAGAGAAGGUGGUGGUCGAGGACACAGUGCCCAUCAUACCAAAGGACAAGCAUGCCCAGGAAGAGGACUCGAGCAUAGACUAUGAUUUAAGCCUCACGGACACAGUUGCCCACGAAGAUUAUGUGACCACAAGAUUGUGAUAUUCGGAGGAGGAGUUUCCCAUACCUAUACAUAUUUUCUAUAGUGCUCUUGGUGAGGAAAAUGUUUAAAAUCACAUUAGCAAAUGCUAACUUACACUUUCUCGUGUUUAUCCAUUGUGGCAUAAUCACCUGUAACUUGCUUAAAAGAGCAAAGGCAACCAAGAAUCUUUCUGUUUUGUAGCCUGCUUUUGUUUUCACAAUUUAUUUUACAGUUGUUUCUCUUACGAAAUAAAAGCACCUUGUAUUCUUGUACUGUUGCAAAAACCUACAGAAAAUUUUUAGCUAUCUUUUUCAAUUAAAACAAAUGCAAUUUAUUUCA